AUGUCCCCUGUUCACGACUUCGUCCUUCCACCACCCAGACAAGUCCACGGCUUGGAUCCAAAAUGGAACUACCAGUUUCCGCCGAUGGACGGGUCUCUAACAAUGUCAGAGCUAUAUGACUUUCACUAUGAGAACAACCCGGAGCACCCUGUGUUCAAGUACGCUAACCGAGCUGGUGACAUUGUAACCUUGGCGUACGAUAAGGUUGUUCCAGCUAUACACAACGCCGGACGCUAUGUAGCCAAUGCAGUGGGCGUCCAGUUGGGGGGAGGUUCACAGGACAAACCCGUCGUAGCCAUUGUCGCUUCGUCAGAUACCAUUACAUAUUUCACGACGGUCGUUGGCAUGCUUCGCGCCGAGAUCAUAGUGUUCCCUGUUUCACCCCGGAACUCGCCACCUGCAGUGGCCCACUUACUGAGAAGAACUCAGCCAACGCACGUCCUUGUCAGUGUUGAGACCCCAAUUAAGGAACUUGUCAACGAAGCUCUCGAACUACUUCGAUCUGAAAAUGAAGAGAAGAUCCCGGUCGUGGCUCCUAUGCCCGUUUUCGAGCAAUUAUAUACCGACGAACCGUUCCAGCCUCUACCUCCUAGAACACGAGACCUUGACUCCACCAGAAUCAUCGUUCACUCCUCUGGCUCGACUUCUUUCCCCAAGCCUAUUAUCAUAAACGAUCGGACUAACUUCCAGACCGCCAUGGUUCCUCAAUUUGCUUCUCAUGAUUUAUGUGGAAAGGUCAUAGCAUGUCAUGCAGUCGCUAUGUUCCAUGCAAUCGGGCUCAAUUUUAUCGCCUGGAUGACUGGCGCCGGCUUCGUUAUGGGAACUUUCGAACCGACUUCUCCAGCCAUCGGACCAAAUCCUGAUAACGUCUUCCAAGGCACUGUCGACGUUGGCGCCGAUUAUGGCUUCGGCGUCCCCGCGUUCCUGGAGGCGUGGUCCCAUGAUCCGGUUAAGGUCGAACAUUUCAAAAGCAUCAAAGGGAUUUGGUUUGGCGGGGGCCCGCUCACUCAUGCUGCUGGUGAUUUCUUGGCGUCGCAAGGCAUCGCCUUAUAUAGUCUAUACGGCCAAUCCGAAAUUGGGGUUAUUGGCAACAUCAUCGGAGAAAACCCUGGAAUGGACUGGGAGUAUGUCAGUAUUAAUCCACACUGUGCUGCGGAAUUCGUUCCCCAUGGCGAUGGUACCUUCGAACUUGUUACAGUGAAGAAGCCAACGCACCACUUCUUCAUCGUAAAUACGAAAUUCCGCGGGCAAGAUGCGUAUGCGACCAGUGAUCUUCUCAAACCACACCCUACAAGAAAGGGAUGGUGGAAGAUUCACGGGCGAGCAGACGACCAGAUUAUGCUUUCAACAGGAGAAAAGACAAAUCCUGGACCUCUUGAAUCUAUCUUAUGUCGUCAUCCAUUGGUGGAUCACGCUGUGUUUUUUGGCCGAGGUCGCUUCCAGAAUGGAGUGAUAAUUCAGCCUGUACCCCAGAGUCAGUUUGAUCCAAAUGAUGAAGAGAAACUCAUCGAGUUCCGGAAUGCUAUCUGGUCUAAAGUCGAAGAAAUGAAUGCCAUGGCACCGUCACACUCAAGAUUAUUCAAGGAGAUGAUCAUAGUGACUCAUCCUUCAAAGCCCUUCCCCUUGACUCCCAAAGGCGCACCAAAGCGUGCAGUAAUCAUCUCCAUGUAUGAAGAAGAGAUUGAUGCCGUAUACGCCGCCGUCGAGGAAAGUGCCAACCGAGGCCAGAGCGACGAACCCGUUGAUUGGUCGGAUCUCAACGAUGUCAAAAGUUUCGUGAAGAGGGUGACCGAUAGCGUGUUGAAAAAGCCCGCGAACGAAGAGGACGAUUUCUUUGAAUGUGGCUGCGACAGUUUACAAGCUACCUGGAUUCGCAAUGCAAUCCUAGGCGCUCUUCGGCGCCUCACUCCCCCUGUGACUGCAGUUUCCCCUAACGUGGUUUACGACCACCCCAAGAUUCCUGCCUUAGCCCAACAUCUGCAUGCUCUUGUCAACGGAUCCGCUGAGAAUUUGGCCGCAAAUUUGGCCGGAACCACAUUGCAUGACAUCGAGAAUUGCCUAACGCGAUAUACAGCAUCCUUCCCUCAGCGAAUCUCCGCAGUGAACGGCCAUGCCAACGGCGUUGCUGACGGUGAUAUUGUCUUUGUCACGGGGACAACUGGCUCUCUUGGAUCCGCAGUACUGGCUAAACUCGUUCACGAUUCAGCUGUGAAGAAAGUUUAUGCCUUUAAUAGAGGUGCGAAGGUUCCGCUCUUGGACCGACAAAAGUCUGCGCUCCGAAGCAGAGGCUAUAACGAAGCCAUUGCUACAUCUCCUAAAGUCGUUUUGGUGGAAGGGGAGUUGAGUGCUCUAGGGCUGGGUAUCGCUGAUCCUGACCUAGAGCAUGAGAUCACACAGACCGUUACUCAUAUCAUUCAUGUUGGCAUGGUGGAUUUUAAUUUAUCCUUCCAUUCCUACGAAGCAUCUAUAGGAGGUCUGAGGACGCUGGUUGAUAUCGCAUUGUCUGUCCCACAAGGACGCCCGCCAGCAAAAGUAACCUUCAUCAGCUCCGUUGGUGUAUUCCGAAAUCUCUCUACCAGUCAAAAGGCGAAACCUAUCGUAGAGGAACCUUUGCCAGAUCCGACUGUGUCUCUUGGCCAAGGCUAUUCAGAGUCGAAAUGGACGGCGGAGCAUGUGCUAUAUGCAGCAGCCCGCCACUGUAAAGAAUUCAGCCCAGUUAUUGUUCGCGUAGGGCAAAUAUCUGGCAGUCCCAACGGCAAUUGGAACACCACGGACUGGGUCCCCGUUAUCUUCAAGUCUAGUGCGACACUGGGGUGUCUACCUGAAUACAAAGGGAUAUGUUCGUGGAUACCCUUGGACCUCUGCGCUCGGGCCAUCGUUGAAAUGAGAAAUGCUCAACCUGCCAAACUCGUAGUACAUUUGGUUCAUCCUCGCCCCGUCUCCGCGAAACGUGUCUUCCACUAUGCUGGAGAUCAGUUCCACCCUCCCCUGCCGCUUAUUCCAUAUACCGAGUGGGUGAAGAAGUUGGAGGACAUAGCUAAUAUCUCAGCGGCCACAUCCGCAGGCGGUGCCUCAGCAGGGGAGAGGAGCAAGCAAAAGGAGCUGCUUGACCGUGUACCUGGGCUGAAACUUUUGGAGUUCUUCCAAGGCGGCGCGAAAGUUGAAGAGGAGAUGGAAGGCGAACAUGGGGAAGCUAUGGGCAUCCCGUUAUUGGAAAUGACACAAGCCCUAGCGGCAAGUAAGGCAUUGCAGGAAACGGGCGAUCUGGCGGUCAGCGAUGCCAAACUCUGGGUAGAAUACUGGCGUAGUGUUGGAUACAUUUAA